UUAUCAAUGUGACGUGACGUGCUCUAAAGUGACAGCGCCGCAUAUGCGAUCGAUGUUGAUAUUUUUCUGAAUAAAAUUGCAUCAGAUUUUAGAAUAAAUAGUAUAGAAUUUUAAACAGUAAUUAACUGCAAUAGUACCGGUAUUGUGCGUAAAAUUUUGCAAAGCACACAAUGGCUGAGGAACCAGUGAAUAAACCCACCACCAAUGAAGAUGACGAUUUUGUAGACCCAUGGACCGUUACUGGAAAGUCGGAGACAGGAAUUGACUAUGACAAGUUAAUAAAGAGGUUUGGCAGUCAAAAGAUUGAUGAAGAAAUUGUACAGAGGUUUGAAAAAGUGACUGGGAAAAAGGCACAUCACUUCCUAAGGCGUGGGAUAUUUUUCUCUCAUAGAGAUAUUAAUAAUAUCCUCAAUUUGUAUGAAUCGGGCAAGAAAUUCUAUUUGUACACCGGUCGGGGCCCAUCUUCAGAAAGCAUGCACAUCGGACACAUGAUCCCUUUUAUGUUUACUAAGUGGCUUCAAGAUGUAUUUGAUGUCCCUCUAAUCAUUCAGCUGACUGAUGAUGAGAAGGUAUUGUGGAGAGACCUGAAGAUUGAAGAUGCUCGGCAGAUGGCUUUUAAUAAUGCCAAGGACAUCAUAGCUGUUGGUUUUGAUCCAGAAAAAACUUUCAUAUUCAAUGAUUUGGAUUUUAUUGGUAAAUGUCCAGCUUUCUACCAGAACAUGGUAAGGAUACAGAAGUGUGUCACCUACAACCAGGUGAAGGGUAUCUUCGGUUUUGGAGACUCUGACGUCAUUGGCAAGAUUACCUUCCCUACCAUUGAGGCUGCCCCCGCGUUCUCAACCAGUUUCCCAUUUAUAUUUGAUAAUAAAGUGGUACCCUGUUUAGUGCCCUGUGCCAUCGACCAGGACCCGUACUUCCGCAUGACACGUGACGUGGCGGCGCGGCUCAAGUUGCCGAAGCCUUCACUCAUCCAUUCCACCUUCCUACCUGCACUGCAAGGAGCUCAGCACAAGAUGUCUGCCAGUAAUGCCAACACGUCUAUAUUCCUGAAUGAUAGCGCUAAACAUAUUAAGACUAAGAUUAACAAAUACGCGUUCUCAGGUGGUCAAACUACCGUAGAGGAACAUAGACUGAAGGGUGGUAACACUGAAGUGGAUAUUUCAUUCAAAUAUCUUACGUUCUUCUUGGAGGACGAUGACAGGCUAGCAGAGAUAAAGAAGGAAUACGAGUCAGGCGUGAUGUUGACUGGUGAGCUGAAGAAGGAAGCAAUCGAUGUGAUCACACCCUGGGUGCAGGAGUACCAGAAACGAAGAGCGACGGUCACAGACGAAGUUGUAGAACAAUUCUUCAAGUUAAGGCCACUGAAGUUCUAAAAUAAUUUACUAUAGUCCAGUAGUGGGUAAAGGCAUCUUCCUACCUCAGCCUGGAGCAGGAGAAGUAACUGGAUGGUUCAUUUUUAUUUAUUUAUUAGUAUACAUCUUAAUAAUGAAUAUAAUUUAUUGAACAUCUGUUCAAUGAGUCGACGAAACAACCACAUCGUUGUGUUUAGCCGUGUAAGUGAGGUUACCAGAGGCCCUAAUCCUUCCCCUCCCCCAAUCCCUAAAUCUCCAAAUCCCUAAUUCCUAAAAGGUAG